AUGAGACGGGUUGCACGCGCAAUGGAGGAAGGGUUCCAGGCGAUCCGCGAGGGCCGGGCGGAGAUCCUCGUCCCUCUGGACGGGUCCAAGGUGUUUUACAACAAGAUCCAGUGCUUCAACCGUGACCUUUCGGUGUUGGGCAUCCGUGCCUGGCACGAGAUGAGACAGGCGGAGAACGCCCUGGUGGCUAAACGGCGACGUGUGGCUAAGGAGAUCCUGAUUCUCGAAGCCCUUUCGGCGACAGGGCUCCGGGCUAACCGGUAUGCGUUGGAGAUUCCUCACGUUAAGAAGAUCGUCGCCAAUGAUAUGCUCCCUGAAGCGGUGACUCUGAUCCAACGCAAUAUCGACCAUAACAAGACGGGAGACAUUGUAUCGACUAAUUUGGGCGAUGCCAUCAAGUUUAUGGCUCUGACCCCUCAAAAGUUUAACGUGGUGGACCUUGAUCCUUACGGAACGGCGCUGAUGUUUGUCGACUCGGCCAUUCUGUGUCUUGAGGACAACGGGCUUUUGCUCGUCACCUGUACUGAUGCCGGGGUGUGGGCCGGUUCGGGGUACCCGGAAAAGUGUUUCUCAUUAUACGGAGGUAACAAUUUCGGCGCUGCUUACUCUUUAAACGAUACCAACCACGAAGUGGGGCUUCGUUUGGUUUUGGGGAUGGUGAGUAACAUCGCUGCCCGCUACGGUAAGGCUAUCGAACCGUUGGCUCUGUUCUCCAUCGACUACUACCUCCGUUGUUUCAUCAGAGUGUCGCAUAAACCUGUCGAAGUGAAGAAGCUUGCUCAACAGACCAUGGUACUGUUUGGAUGUACUGGCUGUGGCCACAAAGUGAACCAGCUGUUCGGCAUCCAACAAGGCCCCCACAAGUGUGGUUACCCUAAAUUAAAUGAGGAAUUGCCGGGGUCUAAUUGUCGCUUCUGUGGUGGUCGCUAUACUAUCGCCGGUCCCAUGUGGGGCGGUCCCAUCCACUCGACCGAUUAUUUGGACAAAAUCCUCGAAGUCAACCGCGAAGCCGACCCCGAAGUGUACCAUACUCGCAGUCGUAUUGAAGGGAUGGUUACGCUUGCCCGUCUGGAGCUUCAAGACGUUCCUUUUUACCUAAACCUUAAUACGGUGUCGCUGUUGGUUAAGGCUCAACCAGUGCCCAUGGACGACUUCUGUCAGGCUAUUGGUAACUUGGGGUACAAGAUCUCCCUCACUCACGCCAAGCGGAACUGUGUCAAGACCACGGCUCCGUGGAGAGAUGUGUUGGAAGUGACCCGCCAGUGGUUGACUAAGAGCAACGCCAACUACGCCAAGGAACACGCCAACCUGGAAAAGGAACUGAUCCAAAAUAAAGUGAAACUAAUCACUGAAGAUCCUACCUGCUCCCCCAACUUAAACGAGCAAAGCCCGGGGUACAAAGUGUUGCAAUACUUGAAGCAACAAACCGACUUGCCCACGGUCGACUUCACUACCGAGAAUGACGAGGCUAAGCACGUCCACCUGUUGCGGAAGCUUAAGAUCGUUCGUUACCAGGAAAACCCGGAGAAGAACUGGGGGCCCAUGGCUCGUCUGGAUAAGAAGUGA